AUGGUGGUAACAGAGACAGACGUUUUAAUCGUCGGUGCAGGGCCAACAGGGGUGACAUUGGCGCUGGAGCUGGCUGCCCAGGGAAUACCAUUUCGUCUCAUCGAUAAGGAUUUGCAAAGAUCAGAUAAAUCUAGGGCUCUAGGUAUUCAACCUCGCACUCUGGAACUUCUCAACCGACAUGGCAACGUUCGAGAUUUCAUCGCUCGGGGGAAUCUAAGCCGUGGUACUACAUUCUACAUCAACGGCAAAAAGGCGGCUGAUAUCGACAUCUCUGGUCUCGCCGACGACACAGCAUUCCCCCUCAUCCUCAUCAUAUCGCAGGUGGAAACAGAGGUAUACCUUGAUGAGUGCCUUGCGAAAUACGGUUUCUCGGUUGAGCGCGGGCUCGAAGCAAAGACAAUUGUCCAGGAUUCGGAAGGCGUCACCGCCACAUUCAGGAAGCCAGAUGGCAUUGAAGAAUCCGUUCGCGCAAAGUACGUUGUUGGCGCCGACGGAGCGCAUAGCACUGUGCGACACGCAGCGACAGGUCUUACUUUCCAGGGAGAGGCUUAUCCUCAGGACUUCAUUCUCUGCGACGCUUCUAUCAGAAACUCCAAGAUAGCCUGGGAUCGAUUCUCUCUCUGCAUGGGUAGAGGUUCUCUUGCCGUCUUCCCGCUGAAGGAUGGCACGUGUCGAGUCGUGGUAUCGCGAAUGGACGCAGAUCAGGAUGCCGAGUUGAAACUUGAAGACUUUCAAACCAUGUUGGACAACCUCCACACUGAUGCAGGGCAGUUGUACAACCCUACCUGGAUCACAAGGUUCCACCUACACCAUAGAGGUGUGAAUAGCUAUCGUGAUGGCCGUCUCUUCGUCGCAGGCGAUGCAGCCCAUAUCCACUCGCCGGCGGGAGCUCAAGGGAUGAAUACAGGGAUACAAGAUGCUGUCAACCUAGGGUGGAAGCUAGCAAAAGUGAUCCGUGGCGAACGUCCAGACUCUUUCCUAGACAGCUAUGACAUCGAACGCCGACCAAUUGGGCAACAUCUACUCGAGAGUUCGGAUAAGAUGUUUACGUGGGGAUGUUCCUCCAACCCCUUUUUCGUCACCUUCCGCAACGUACUGUUCAACUGGGUUUUGCCCUGGUAUGUCAAUAGCAAGAGCCGUCGCGCCAACAUUUUCAAGUUUAUAUCAGAAUUCGGCAUUAGCUAUAAGGACAGCUCGUUCGUAGGCACGACACCAGGCCAUACCGGACUAGUGGUGGGAGGCGAUCGAGUUCCCGACAGAAAGAUCGAGAGUGCGGGGAGCGAGAAAUACUUUCACGAGCUUCUCACUCCCGACACGCACCAUUUAGUGUUCUUCUCCGGAGUUGGCCAAGAAGCUGCCACGAAAGAGGCCUUGCUGGAAGCGCGAUCCAAGUUUGAGAAAAUCAAUUCGGAGAAAACCAAAGUUCAUAUACUCUUUAACGCGAAGGCCAGCUCCGACAAUGCGCUCGGACAUACCGAUAUUGGAAAUCGGUUACACGAUGACUUCGGCUGCUCUAAGCCUACUUAUGUCUACAUUCGACCCGACACAUAUGUCGAGCAUAUCGGCCUGAUUUCGGAACUAGAUGAACUCUUGGUGUGGUUAAAAUGA